UUAUUUCAUCGAUUGAAGCAUCAGUAACGCAUCAUCGUUUGCUAAAUUCACUUGAAUUCCAUUCAAUACCAAUCCCCCCAUAAGCAUCAUGUCUGCCAAAUUUGUGAUCUGCCUGGCCCUCUGCGCCCUGAGCACCGUUUCGGCUGGAGUUCUGCCCCUGGCUGCAGCCCCACUUGCGGCAACUGGAGUCGUAGCCCCAUAUGCGACCUCGUACAACGCACACACCAUCAACCAUGCCAUUGCUGCUCCUUAUGUCGCCGCUGCCGCCCCCUAUGUUGCUGCCCCAGCUGCCAAGCUCCUGGCUGCCCCAGCCCCGCUUGCCUACUCCGCCUAUGGUGCAGCUCUGCCAGCCUUCAGCCCGUACACCGCUCUGCCAGCUAGCUAUGUGCUGUAAAUCGUAAAAACCGUUCUUCCACAAUGGAAUACACUAGUUCAAAUAUCUAUCCAGAAGAAAACGUGAUAUUCAAGGCGCUACGUUGGCAAGGCAACGCUGCGCUGCUCAGUAGUGACCUCUAGACCAAUGCUGUCCUGUGUGCUGUCCAAUGGCUGCCGAACGAUUUUGGCAGGCAUUCUUUUGUAAAUAGCUUUUUCCCUGUUGCUUAAAUGUUUAUAUCAAACUGCAAUACAUUCUGAAAUCAGAAA